AUGACGAACCAAAUGGGUGGGGUAAAUCUUGUUUUCAAACUAUAUUAUUUUUAAAUAUUUAUAUUAUUAUAAAAAAUAUAUGGUUAACAAAUAUGGUGGUAACGAUUAUUGGGUAAGGAAGACCACACAGUCUAGACUAAAUGGUUGGUUGGGCUUCUUCUUAUUGGGCUAGAAAUUUGGCCCGUUGGACUGGAUUAAACAACCAGCGUAGUUCGCGAAGCCCAAAAGGGAUAGUUUGUCCCCGCAGGGGGUGGAAUUGGGUUGAAGGAGGGGUAUUUACGAUAAUGCACAUGUCGAGCGUUGUGACGGAAGGCGAUUUCGUGGACUUUCCAACCAAACAAACGGCAGGAGGGGUGUUCGGAAUGGUGUGGACAAUAGAGAAUAGCGGUGCCGGCGGCUGGACCCCCCCGGGGAUCAGGGCAGGCGCCUUCACCAGGAAGUGAGAGGGGCGCUGUGGCGGUGUGGCUGUCGUGCCUCAGCCUGCCCCAAUCCCACGGCUAUAAGAAUAGAGGGAAGGUGUGACGGCAACUUGCUUCCCCUGGUGGCUCUCAGGAUAUCACCGGAGCGCCACGUCUGGUGGGUCUGAGGCCCUACGUCCCUCUGCAGAUGGCCGGCAGCCUCGCGGAUUCUACCCUUCUCAUUCGGGUAGAGGGCCGCCCUUGUUUCUCUGUUGCCGAUGUUUCUUCUCCUUGUUUUCACUUUGGGUGCUCAGACUUACUGAAAUCGGUUUCUCUCGGUCUCAGGGGCCACCGCAGAGGGCGGCUUUCGGCAGAAGGGCCCAGAUUUCUCCUGGUACGUCCAAAGAAAUCGGUUGUGUUUGACGUCCUGGGCAUGUUGCAUUGGCUUUGUAUGUGCUGCUAUGUGGGGGUCAUAUCUAGUUACGAGCUUCAUUCUUCUCUGGUUUCGUCUGUUUUCAAGAUUGGCCCCUGUAGCUUGAGGAUUUCUGCUGUUAUUUUUAUCUCCGUACUCUGCAGAACUCGUCACCUCUUCCCAAGUACUUCGCUGUUAUAGUAAACAUGCUCACCACACGUUAUGUAGAGACGUCGAGCUACAGAGGGACUGAGAACCCUACUCGGGGAAAAGGUUAGAGUGAUUGCAACCCUUGACCACACGGAUACCAGAGAAGUUCUCGUGGAUUUAGCCGAAUAAACCAGUAAAAAUGUGACGCAGAACGUGGAGCUGUCAUACCAUCUGGUGUAUAAUUGUCAUAACAUCUCCAGUGUAUCGCUUGAUAUGGGCGAGUGAGAGGGCCGUUGACUUGGUUUUAAUCAGCUGUGUUCUGCCGAAAAGGUCAACAGUGAAGGGCGACAUAUACACGACAUGUGGCUGAGAAGGACGGGACCAUAGAACUAUUGUAUAGGCAGGGUGUGUUGACUUUUAAUGCGUGAUGCAUGAUUCUAUAUUAACUGUAACGAUUGCUGGUAGAAUGCUGAUAUUUUAUGCCCUGCCUAGACGAAGAAGAGUCAUAUUACUAUUCCAGAUCCUAGUUGCUUGGCCUUUUUAAGAGGCUCACAUUCGCAUUAACUUCUCAUGCUUUUUUUUAUUUAAAGCAACUGUUUUUCUAUAAUUUUUGGAUUUUUUUUCCCAGGUCAAUGCAGAAUGUUGCAAUACAGAUAUUCGUUCUCAUUAAUGUCAUUUUUAUGCUUUCCCCUUGAUUCAUGGUGGGAAUCACGUGCACCAACAUGACAGGUGAAUACCAGCUAAAAUGGGGAGGCCAUCUAUGGCAAAGAGCGUUUCAGCGACAUCGCUUUCACCACAAUCUGCGCAAGAAUUCUAUGGUCAUUCAAGCUGUGGCUGCUCCAGUGUCAGCGCCUGUGGUAGGCAAUGACGAGGAAAGAAAGCAGAUGUGCGAAAACUACGGAUUCACACAGAUUGCGGAGCUGGUUCCUGAUGAUAUAACUCUGAGAGAUAUUAUAAGCUCUUUACCUAAGAAGGUGUUCUGGGAGAAACCCUGAUUGUAAUUUUUCUUUUGUGUCUUCAUUUGUUCACUUAUACCUUGUUGACACAUUCUGAUUUUUCUCCAAGGUAUUUGAAAUUGAUGAUGUGAAAGCUUGGAAAUCCGUCUUGAUAUCAGUCACCUCUUAUGCAUUGGGGAUUUUUAUGAUUUCUAAAUCUCCAUGGUAUCUUCUCCCUCUGGCUUGGGCAUGGACUGGCACAGCAGUGACAGGGGUAGGUUUCUACAUGCCUUUGGCCUUUUCUUUUCAGAUAUUUAUCGUAAAAAUAGUAUUUAUCAUGAAUAUAUAUAUUCCAUUUCUUGUUGUGGCCACUGACAUCAUCUUUGCCUGAAGUUUUUUGUGAUAGGCCACGACUGCGCUCACAAGUCAUUUUCGCGCAAUAAAUUAGUGGAAGAUAUUGUAGGAACCCUGGCGUUCUUGCCCCUCAUAUAUCCAUAUGAACCAUGGCGAUUUAAGCAUGAUCAGCACCAUGCCAAGACGAACAUGUCUGUAUGCUUUUCCUCUACCUAUAUCCAACCUGAUGACUAAAUAAAUGUCUAUAUUUUUUUCUUUUUUUAUUGGGUAUUUGUUCUAUGGCACUUUAUUGCUCUGGCUGUUAUAAGGAUGCUAUUCAAGCUACAUCAGUUCACAUCUUAUUAUUUUCUGGCUUGAAGCCUUUUGAUAUGAUUUAAUCGAACAUAAUCAUGAACUAUAUUUCAACUACAUACUAAGUGCAUGAUCUUAAAAUUUGAGCAUUUUUUUAUUUAUUUAUGUCAAUUUAUUGCAUUUUUGCGUUGAAAUAUCCAUUAUAUGGACAAUCUGUGCCCCGGUUUUGAGAUCCAUUCGGUAAGGUUACUGUAGGUCCCACCCCUACCCCGUGGUGGAUCUUAGCUGCACUGUGGAUCUUAAGAUGAUGCUAAAAUUACCCUCCUUCUUUGCCUUCAAUUCUCCAGGCUACAAGAGGACACUGCUUGGCAUCCUGUGAGAAGAGAAGAAUUUGAUUCUCAGCCUCUUCUGCGAAAAGGAAUAAUCCUGGGAUAUGGCCCAUUCCGACCUUGGAUGUCCAUAGCUCACUGGUAUGUUAAUCUUUUCUUCUUCCUUUCAGCUGAUGAGAAACAGGACUCCGUUCACAUCUUUUUGAUUUUAUGUUGGGAAAUGGUCUUGUGCUAGAUAUUUAUACAUAUUUGUGCUUCUCAACGCCACUUACCUUCAAUAACAGGUUAGUGUGGCACUUUGAUGUGAAGAAAUUCAGACCGAAUGAAGUGCAGAGGGUGAAGAUUAGCUUGGCAUGCGUCUCUGCAUUCAUUGCUAUUGGAUGGCCUUUGAUUAUUUUCAAGACGGGGUUUAUUGGAUGGAUCAAGUACUGGUUCAUGCCAUUCUUGGUGUAUCACUUUUGGGUAAAGUUUCAAUUUAUUUAUUUAUUUUAUUUUUUCCACCCCCCUUCUUCGGAUCUUCUUCCUGGUCUCAUGCAGAGUUUUCUGUGUUCAUGAUCUAGAUGAGUACUUUUACAAUGGUUCAUCACACCGCACCUCACAUACCGUUCAAAGCUUCAGAUGUGUGGAAUGCUGCUCAGGCUCAGCUCAGCGGAACAGUCCACUGCACAUAUCCUCGGUGGUACUUCCCUGUUCAUCCUCCCAUUUCUUUCAUCGUUCUUCUCUGAGGUGUUCUUGCAGUUACAUAUACGCGCCUCAUGAUGAUGUUGACCAAUCGAUGGUGAAUCUUUUUUCUCUUAUCCUUUCGUAUUAUUAUUAUUAUUAUUAUUAUUAUUAUUAUUAUUAUAUAGAGAAUGGUGUGGAUCUUGCAUCACAUGGAGAAUAAUUGUGGGAAAUCUCAUAUGAUUUGAGGUUCUUACAUUAUAAAUCGUCAUGAAUGAUCUAGAAAUGGUGAAAGUUUUGUCAUGAAUCCAAAAGUCAGAGCCCUCCAAAAGUCAAAAAAUCAUCAGCCGCACAAGUUUUUCUUAAUUAUUAUCGAUUGAAGCAUUCCGAUUUACUGGGUGACGAGUCUGUCUUUGACAGGGUGGAGAUUCUUUGCCACGACAUCAACGUGCACAUUCCUCAUCAUAUUUCUCCGAGAAUACCCAGUUACAACCUGAGAGAUGCCCACAAGUCGCUUCAAGAAAACUGGGGCAAGGUAUAGAGUCUGCUUGAUAAAAAUCUCUUUCCUGUUAAACAUGGCUAUGGUCUGACAGAUCUUUUGGUUGGCCGCAGUAUCUCAAUGAAGCCAACUGGAACUGGCGCCUGAUGAAGACGAUAAUGACCGUAUGCCAUGUUUACAACGAAGAACAUAACUAUGUCCCCUUUGACAGCCUCAGACCAGAAGAAUCUGGUCCCAUCCUGUUCCUCAAGAAAGUGAUGCCCGAUUAUGCAUGA